CCAGAGCGAGAGGGAAGCGCAUUGGAGUCCAAACUUUACGCACACGGUCUGAAGUCUGGACUUCACUUUUGGUUUAUCCCUCUUGGUCUCCUUUUGCCUAAGGACUGAUCAUGCUCAGCGGGGAAUGAAGAUAACAGGAUAAAUGGAAAGUCUGACUGGAGGCAACUCGUAAAUUCUGCCUCUGCCAAUGAUUUAAGGACAGGGAAUGCGCUCCUUCGGGCUGCGGAGAAUAUAUGCUUGACUUUACGCCAAAAACUUUGUGAUAUAUUUUGCCUCCGUGGAAGUUAUUCAUAACCAUUGUGAUGUCUACAACCAUGCUGACAUGGAUUAUUAUGUGUUUGCUCCUGCGGCCAUUGGCUUCUCAAAACGCCGCACCUGAGGGAGUGCUGAACUGCUGUGAGGGUGACAUCCUCUUCUUAGUGGAUUCCUCAGGGAGUGUGUCAACCUAUGAACACACCCGCAUGCUCUCCUUCCUCUCUGAACUCGUCCUCCCCUUCUCCCUGGGAGAGGAGCAGGUGAGGGUGGGGCUCCUGCAGGUGGGCUCUAAACCGCGCCUUGAGUUUGGCUUCGACAAACACAAAACUCAAUCCAGCCUCCAGAGGGAUUUGAAAAACAUCCAACCUCUCAGGGGCGACACCAACACAGUGGAGGCCCUGAAACUGGCAAAGGAGUGGAUUUUAAGGCCCGGAGCUGCGGGCGGAGCCCGGGAGGGGCUUCCCCGGGUGCUGGUGUGGCUGACCGAUGGGAUCGACCCCGGCGACGUGAUCGGACCAAUGGCCGAUCUCCGGGAUGAGGGCGUGGCCGUCCUGCUGGUCUCCACCGGGCACAGUAACUAUCUGGUUUUGAGGCAGGUGGUGUCCGAACCCGUGGACGAACACCUGCAUUUUGUGGACAUUGACGAUAUGGGCAUCAUCACAGAGGACCUGCGGAAUGCCAUCAUCGAGAUUAUCAGAGCUCAGCGUAUCCAUGUCCGAGACAUUUCCACCAACUCCGCCACCCUCCAGUGGCGACCCGUUCUCUCGGGUUUGACGGGGUUCUACGACAUCCGCUUCGGUCAGGCUCUGACUGACGGGGCGGGAGGUGGGGGUGCGGGUGGAGGAGGUGGCGGGACCAGUCCGAGCACAGGUGGAAGUUCAUACCAGAGACUGACUCAGCCUGCGGACGCCAACAGUAUCAGGCUGACGGGCUUGAAGCCUGAAACCACCUACUCGGCCACACUGACCCCGGAGUCCAACGAACAAAGUUUUAACACGCUCUCUGUCAGCUUUACAACAAAGCCAGAGGUUGUGAGCCCAUCUACGGUCUCGGUCUCUGAGUCUGGACCAAACAGCGUCCGAGUGAGCUGGGGUCCUCUUCAGCCAGAGGCAGUCACUCGUUACAUCAUUGAGUACUCUGCCCUGCCAAGGGGCCGGCUCCACACACUCACCGUGGACCGGAGUCAAAACUCGACUCUGCUCCGAAACCUUCAGCCAGACACCACAUACCUGGUCACAGUCAGUGCUCGCUACGCCUCGGGGAAGGAGAAGGCUAUGUCGGUCAAAGCGUGCACCCAAGAAGUGACCCCAGCCCUGGCAGACCUCCAGCUGACCACAGUGGGAAGUGACUCAGUGCAGGUGGACUGGAAGGCGGCUGUGGAUGGGCUGAAGGGGUACUGGCUCACCUGGGAGGGACAACAAAGCUCCGUCCCCGGCCAAAGCUCCUCCCUCUACUUGCCACCUGACUCUCUGUCGACACGGCUCACACACCUCCCCCCUUCUGCUCGGGUGUGUGUUUCGCCCAUUUACCGGACGGCACGGGGAGACGGCCUAUGCUGCACUGCACAGUUUCACUCAGAUGCACAACCAUAUGGCUUCCAGUCUUAGCCACCCGAACUGCAGAUGCACCUUACCAAACAUGGAGGGCGGAGAAUGAGAAUGCUGACUUCCCUCUGAAAUUCUUUAGCGUGCCUCCCCCCCCUUCUGCGGACACGAUCCAGAAGAGAUGUGUGGUUUGGCUCAGUGAGCCCUCAUGUGGAAGCCAUAGACACUUUUGAAUUAAGUGGGACAAUGUGGCCACAUGUUGACUGCUACAAACUGCGAUGCAGAGGAUUACCUGCUUUACUAUGUUUACUGCUUCAUCAGGUCUCCACCUGUAAUUAAUGUCAGACGCUUUGCUGUAAAAGAAAAGGGCUAAAGAUUGAAAUAUUUCUUAAAUCUGUUUUGUAGACUUGGAAAGGGGCAUGCUGGGAAUGUUAAUGCUUCGUGUGGCUUAUUUUGGUGAAAAGCUUUGCACCAUAUGUGCACCAUGUGCCCAAGGCAGCAUUUCUGUCAAACUCUGCUAACACACGGAGAACAUAUGAUAUUUACGGUGUCCUUCUGACUUGUACUGCGUAUUUCUGCCUCACCGCAUGCUUCACAAAAUACUCUGAAUACUUAUUUGUGCAUACUAGACUGUGCAGCAAGGUAACUUUGAACUUUCCCGACCAACCAUGAACCAUCCAUGUGCCAGUGUGUAUAUGAUAGAUGUGUGUAACUGAUACUGACCUUGUACUGACUGAUGUCUUGGCAUAGAUUCAUCAGUCAUAUUGUUUUACCGAGAAUCAUAUAAGUAUGUUAUGUUCUAGCUGACAGCACUUAGACAUGAAGUUAUAAAAGUUGUACCUUUUUACAGCCUGACUUUGCUGCCCCCUUCUGUAAAGAUCCAUACUGGCUUUUUGCUCCUGUGAGGCAGAUUGUGAAAAAGUAUUGUUUUAUCUCUGUUGACUACUAAGACAAACUCUCAAUAAAGUAAUUGAAAAAGU